AUGCAAAAUGCCCACAGGAGUGAAUCUUCAACACCUGAUAUAUCUCAGAACCCCAGUCCAUCUCUAGAGCAAGACAGCCAUCCAAGUCAAUCUCCCGAACCAAUUCAUGUUAGCCUCCAGUCACAAUCUGAAGGAGCUGUGGAUAUUUUCUGCAAUGGCUCUGAACUACCCACUGCUCGCCGUCCAUUGCCUCAGCUUAUACCUCUGCAGGGUGAGCAUCAGGAACAAGAAGAGUCUCAUAUUGCUGAGACCACAGUUGAGUUGAAAGAAAUGGAUGAACAUGAAGCAUGUGAGAAGCCUGUAGAGUCUUGUGAUCCUGCAACUUCAUCACUUUUUGACAAUCUUCACAGUGUUUUCUCCAGUUUUGGUGAUACAACAUGCAAGCAAUGUGGCCAUGAAUCAAAAACUAUGUCAGAAGCUGUCAUGCAUAUGCGAACUCAUACCUCUGGCACCAGUGCCUCUCAUCGAUCAAUUUUUCGUGGAACAAGGUGUCAAUAUUGCCGACAUCGGUGCAAGACAGGCCAAGAUCUCAUCAAUCACGAAGCUGUGUGUGACAUGAACAAGGACCGGGUGAUGGAUGAUGUAGAAACUGAGUCCAUGCCAGAGGAUAGGGAAGUUGCUGGGCAGGAAUUUCAGUCCAGGCCUAUUCCUCUUAUUGGAGAUGUCUUUGAUGAUGGGGAAGGAAUGCAUCGCUUUGGAUACUUUCAAGAUGAGAAAGAACAGGAGUACAUUAGUACUAGUGAAGGAGGUACUCAGAGAAGAUUGAGGAGAGUCUAUCAGUGCCCUUUCUGCAAGUUUUGGGCUUCCACUGCCUCCAGAUUUCAUGUACAUAUGGUAGGCCAUUUAAACAAGAAACCAUUUGAAUGUUCCAUCUGCUUCUACAAGUCCAAUUGGAGAUGGGAUGUUACAAAACAUAUCAAGAUUAGAGCCCAGAGGGACAGAAGUCACAGGGCCGGCUGUGUGGUGCUGACAGAUGAAUCUGGAAUAAAAAACUAUAACAAAUAUGAGAAGUAUGCCACAUUCAUUGAAGCCCGGGAGGGAGAUGGUGAUACCAGUGAUUCAAGAAAAAACAAAGAUUCUGUUGAGGGGAUGAUGGGUAUGGAUGGAGACUCAAAUAAUAGUAGUGCAUUGGAUGAAGUUGCUGUUGUUGACCUAGAAGAAAGUGAUGCCCAGAGUGAUAAAGCCAAGGGAUCUUUUGGCACUGGUCAUUCCUGUUCAACAGAUGUAUCAGAGAUAAAUCAAGAGAAGCAUACCCUCUGGAAGUGCAAGAAGUGUGACUUCAGGAUGAAGCACAGUGGUAAGAUCGUCGUGAUAAAGAACAAACCAGACAAGCAAAGUCCUUUCUUGGGUGGAGAUGAUUAUGAUGGUAUCCAAAAUCAAAAGGGAGAUAUGUCACAAUCAAGUUCUCAACAUCAUUCUGACUCUGAAGGUUCUCAGGAAGCAAAUCCUAGGCAGGAUUCCUGGAUCUGCAGUUUCUGUCCCUUUGCUGCAAAAACUACUAGUGAGCUGGAGGCCCACAUGGAGAAGCAUGUCAUUAGACCCGAGGCUACCUACAAAUGUGUCUUCUGUCCAUCCUUUGUCACAGGAAAGAAAGCCUUGUGUCAUCACUUGGAGACUCAUGGAGUGCAGAACCCUAAAGAGUUUCUAGAGAAUAGACUGGAGAAUCAAAUGAAGGAUAUGACUGUUGUGGGAGUACACGGACAAGGGGAAUUAUUAGAAGCUCAGGCAAGCACUGCAGGGAAAGAUGAGAAGAGGCGAAAUGGGGACUCUAGGAAGGCACCAUUUCCAUACAAGAAAUGGCAUUGCUCUGCAUGUCCAUAUGUGACUGGGAGCAAGACCCAGUUCAUGUACCACAAGCAAUUUCACCGACCAAGAGUGGGGACAUUGAAAUGCAGCCAAUGUUCAUAUAAUGUGACUCGGCGCCACCUUCUCCAUCAGCAUCUCAAAGUCCAUGACAUGAAACCUGAAAGGUAUGGUGAAGUGGACCACAGUCAAGAAGUGGCUGAUCAAGAUGGUGAUGAAGAGGAAGAUGAGGAAGGGCAAGAUGAGGCAGUAGACGACCAAGAUGUCCUCUUGGAUGAUGAGAAUUCUUCCAGUUUGACACCAUCAUCUCCCAUGUCUCGCAUGGAGGGAGAUUCAGGUACUGAGGAUAGGAAUGAUGACAUCCCGUUGGUUUGGGUCUCUCGCAAGAACAAGUUCAUGAAAAUGUACAAGUGCCGCUUCUGCCCACAUGUCAAUAUGCGCAAAUGUAAUAUCCAAGAGCAUGAGAAGAUGCAUAGUCGUGGUAAGCUCAGUGGAGAUGUCUACAAGUGCAAGCUGUGCAGUUAUGUGUGUGUUAAUGCAGGAGUCAUGGCUGUUCACAUGAAUGUUCAUCGAAACAAACUAGGGAAAGUCCACAGGAAAGUUGAUCUCUCAAAAAGUGAUGAGGAGCAGAUUGAAGAGCUGGCACGUAACAAGGAACCCUCAACACCUCAAAAACAUGACCCUAAAGUGUCAAUAGGCAAAGCCCUGAUGUUCUUCUGCCAGUCAUGCCCUGCCCGUUUCAAAAGCCAACGUGAUAUUCUAAUCCAUGAGAAGUUGCAUAUUGGAACAAGGGAAUUCAAUUGUCAUUUUUGCAGUUACAGUGUAAAUCAAAGGUCCACACUUGCAAGUCAUGCUAAGGUGCAUUCAGAGGAGUACAAGCAAAAGACAUUACUCCUUUUGACAGUUUGCCCUGUCUCCCCUGCAUAUCCUGUGAAGAAAGAAAUUUAUCCUGAUUCUCCAAGUGGAGAGAUUUUCCAGACUGAAGUGAAUCAUGAUCAGGACCCAGUUCUCAUUCAAAGAGAGCGUGCCUAUCAUUGUUCAAAAUGCCCUGCUCGGUUCUUCAAGUGGAAGACUUUAAGAUCCCACAAUGCCCUCCAUGGAUGUGACAAGCCAUUCAAGUGUGAUCUCUGUGAUUAUGCUGUUACCACAGUGGGAAACCUUGCCAGGCAUUUUGUGCUUCAUCAUGGCAUUGAAAGACGAAAGCCCAUCCAGAUAGACCCUGAGAAGGGUGAUGAUGGUUUGGAAGCUGUUCCCUUCUAUUAUCCAUUAGCUUCUGUAAAGGGGAAAAUGCUGGUCACAAGGUAUCGCUGUCCAAAGUGCCCCACAGCUGUCCAGAAGAGAGAUCAGUACCAAAUCCACAUGAGUUUGCAUGGAGCCAAAAACAAGUACACUUGCAGUCGUUGUGACUAUUCUGUGAAGCAUUAUGCUAACCAUCUGGCCCAUGUGAAGAGGCAUGAGCAUCAUGACAUGAUGGUGCGAAUUAAAGGCAAGGAGGCAUCUCAUGGAGGAGCAUUGGUGAAAGUGGAGUCACCAAAUCCACCUUCACCACCACGAAUGGAUGAAGUCAUUGAACCAAUUGAAGAGGACAAGAAAGACUACCCCUUGACCCUGCCUGAGAAGCAGCAUAUCAUGCUCCAGAGAAUCAUGAAGGACAGCUAUAUAGCCAAUGAUGAGAAGAAGUACCACAUGUGUGCUCACUGUCCUUAUUCCUCAACAAAAAGGGAUCACCUGAAAAGCCAUGAAUUACGCCACAAGACUGCAAUAGAGGAUGUAAAUUCCAUCAAGUGCCCACAUUGCAAUUACAAUGCUCCUAUUCAUCAUUAUGUCAAGGAACACACAAAAAUUCACUUCAGGAAUGGCCGCAAAGUAUGCAGACCAGAUUCCUUCCUGACCUUGGAUAAAUUUGAAAUUUGGAGCAUUGAACAAGAUGAUGGCAGAGGAGACCCAGAAUUUCUAGCAAAGCUUCUAUCAGGGGGCCAUAACCAUAAGAGCCAGCCUACCAAGAUAUUCUCACCGACAGAGCCACUAUCAGCAGAGGGGGAUGAAGAAAUUUCAGAAGCAGAAUGGAAGUACAUUGAUGUGAAGAAGGGCAUGAUGAUGGGCGAAAGCUCUUCAGGAACAUCCCCACGGGAUGAAGAUGAUACUGAAGAUACUGACUGCAUGAAUGUAAGUUUGGAAGAUCGAGAGGAAAUGGAAACUGCUGAUUGCACCCACUCGAGUGAACAACCACAUGAAGAGGGGUAGACUCAAGUCUUGGCAGAGUACUUGGAUGGGUCUUUGUCAUAUUCUUGACUAAAUCAUCCAGGAUUGGUGAGAAAAUUUGCUGUGAUGUACCCUAUCUUUGAAACUGUCCUUUUCCCUUUACAUUGAUGAAGAUUCUAAUGGACUAGAGAAUAUGCAAGGAAAAUUCCAUUUGGCUGCUCAACAAAACUGUCAAAGCAUUGUCUGGAACCCUCCACGUCUGACUAUUCCAUAUGGGUUCCCAUAUAUGUAUAUCUUUGUCCUUGUGCACAAUGAUGGAAUAUUUCCUUGAUGUGGUGUCCUGACCUAUCAGAGAUUUUCAAGCUCUACAUCUAAUGUGCUGAAGGAUCUCCACUAAUUUUUCAACUCCUAGCAUUCAUGUUUGACCAUCAAGACUUACCUUGACUGCUUGAAAGCUAGUGUGAAGUUGUAUCAAAAGUCACCUGAUUUGGGUGGCCACUGGUUUUUCUUAUUUUUUUGCAAGUAGCACUGGUUCCUCAUGUGUUUGAACAGCCAUUCAUGCCUGGUAUUGCUGGACUGUAUUUUUAAAUUAUUGAGAGGCAUAAUUUUAUAAUGGCACCUGUUUGUUUGGUGGUGUUUUUGUUGUAUAUAUUUUUUUUUCCUGAGGAAAAAAAAAGUGGGCUGUACUUGUAAAGUGUUGAAAUUGUUGUAUAGAUUGGUGAACUUCAUUAUCUGUAUUCAUCAUGAGUAUGAAAAUUUGUUCAGUGGGACAGUACAUUGCUGAGAUGAUUAUCUAGGAUAUCCCUUUUUAUGAUGCACCAUGGCUGUAAAAAAAAAAAAGGAAUUUUUUGAAAAUGAAGUUGUGACAUCCUGUUA